AUGCUUGCAUGUAGUGCUUGUCGGCUUUCCAGAAUUCCUGAUGUUGGCCAUCAGUCGAAGGCGACUUUUCGUUGGGCUACUUACUCCUUUUGGUAUGUUAUCGAUCCCCUUCUUCGUCGCCACUUCCAGUAUUAUCAGCGAAAAGUUCAGCUUGACCGCUGGCUUGAAAAGAACAACUUUUUUACAAAUUGCAUAAUUGGUGUACUCCUGGGGAUGACCGUAUAUUUUGUCACUAUCAAAAACUUUCUCCCUUCGUCGGAAGAUAUCAAGAGAACUACAAUGGAGGAGAAUAUUGAGGAGAUUCUUAGUUUUAUGAACCUUGACACCAAAACUUCGUUUCCUGCCUUUCAAAUGAUGCGUGCAAAACGCGAAAUUAUUGGCAAAAUGCAUGAGGCGAUGGAUCAUGCUGAAGUUCAAAAGCAGAAAGAUGAGGUGGAAAGGAUGAAGCUCUUGGCAAGGAAUUUGCAGCCUCAGAAGGGAUAA